AUGCCUGUGUACCAGUAUUCGCAUCUCGCAAUGAAGUACCUGCAGUCGCCGCAGACGCAGGAGGACCCUGCGCAGAAACAGCUCAUGCGCGAGCUGUCGCAUGCCUGCCGAGCAUACUCGCGAGUCGUGCUGCGCCUACGCGCUCAAGCAGAGACAGAAGCCAAGUUUGCGCCCGUUGUGGGGAUGGCCGAUAGAAGUCCCAACGCUGGCUCGUCCGAAGGGAGGACGGGGGGCAUGUUCAGCAGGUAUGGGAGCGUAACGUCGCUCCAGCGCGGGGUGUCGCGCACGUCGAGCCGCGCUGCAUCGCCCUCGUCGUCUUGGUCGCACAUUCCCGGACAGCAUUCACGGCAUGUGUCGGGUCAGAGCCCGCACGGCUUCCGAUCGCCGCUCUUCCGGCUGCGACGCGCUCCGUUGUUGCAGGUGUUUGUGCCGUCACCGGAGGGAAACUGGCUCUCGGACACGAGUGUGGUCGCGUGCGAGAAUGAGCUGAAGAGGGCGGGCGUGCAGCAUUUGUUGAGGCCGGGAGACGUGGUGUGGGAUGUUGCUGUGGGUGAUGAGGGUAAUGUCGGGCGGAUGGUGUGGGAUGGGGCGUAUUUGAUUGACUUGGACUACACGUGGUCACGCAUCGGUGACCUGCCGCACUAUCUGCCGACGCUGGCGUUCCCGCCGUCCUACUUCCACCGCGUGAUCCGCACGACAGGCAGCGGAAACCCAAUCUGCCAUAUCGAUAUCUCGCCGUGGGGAGAUGAGAUUGCGGCGAACUUGCAGUUGCUUCAGGAUAGGGCGAAGACCGAGACUGACUUGCACCCGGUCGUGCGCUGGGUGCACCGGUCAUCGUUCACCAUUGCUCACGCUGCGCCGGGCAAGCUCAUACGAAUCGCUGUGCCGUCGUCUGCUCCCCCCGGCCCGAAUGCAGGCGGUUCGUGGCUGAUCGACCCGGCGUGGUACGGCACAGUCGUCGUGGAGGCGGAGGGGACGAACGAGGGCCUUGCGGACUUGCAGGCGCGCUGUGGACGUGCCUUCCCGCCUCGCGCCAUCGGAGCCAGUGCGACCGGAGAGAAAGAAAAGGAAGAGAAGAGCAGCAAAAAUGUUUUCCGAAUUUUGCGGGAAAAGAAUCGACCAGAGGAGAUUUGGAUCCGGACUGUACGAGAUAAAGAGCGACUGCUUUGA